AUGUAUUCUGGACUACAUCAGUAUCUACGGCUUUUACCUCCCUGUCAGCCUUCCAAUCUUCGAUGCCUAUUUCGAAGAUGCGCGGCAAAUGGACACCGUGUGUUAUAAUACAUAUGUACGUCUCUUUCCAUGAAAACGUAUCAUGUGUUAUAUAUUAGUGGCUUCGAGUUCCCUGCCCGGUUUUCAGGCUUUCGGCCAAGAAUAUAAGUGCAUUGUCCACGGCUCACCUAAAUCAACGGUUGACGAUGCUUGCAAACUCGUUGGCACUUCUUGGUCGCAGACGCAAAAAUCCAUUGCAAUGGAAUUUUCUAACUGGUUACCAAGAAUCAACAGUGAACAGUGAACAGCGUGUAAUAUACGGCGACAAGGUGUUACUGACUACUUUAACGAUCGGCCUGCCGGCUGGUCGUCUGAAGCUAAAGCGUCGCUCUAGUUCAGCACGUGCCAAUACGCAUAAAUUUCUCCGUCAGACGAAACAACCCCAAAGAUGUCUGUCUCGUUGUCUUCUGACUGGUUAUCACGUGGAUCUGACAGACGGUUGUACGUGGUGCAAAGGAAAAUGAAGGCAUAAGGAAAAUCACCGAGCUUUCCUGGAAGUCCCACUGGCAGCCUGGCUCUCAUGUGGCAGGACAUACGAGACUGUUUUUAAAUAUUGUAAUAUACAUAGAUACAUUUUUAAUAAUUUAAGAAUCUAAUAUCUCUGACCAUUCUGACAGAUCUGAGUCACAAAUCGGACUUCAACAUUUUCGAACCUGCAUAAACCGGUUGACCCUAGUGAAUGAUCAUUGAAAAGACAGCUAAUAUCUGACUAAUUAGUUCAGUUAGGUACCGACUACGUCCAGUUCAAAGCAAGCUCUACCUGAACCUGAAAGAUGUCUCAUAUUUCUGACUACAUACAUCUCAGAGAUUGGUUAUCUAUUGUAUCGUUGAUAUGAAUCUUCGUACAUAGACAGAAUGUCCAUCUUUCAUUUUUCAGAUCUAAUACGAUUCUCAUUUCAAUUCCAAACCGAUCGUUUAGUCGGUACAUAAAUCACAGGCUAAUCGAUGCCGUCGGCUAUCUCCGAUUAGAGCCAAUUUCCAUGAUUCAUGACGCUGGCUCCAGGAGAUUUUCAUCUCGUCGAGGUUACCUUUAAGUACUGCAGUACUGCAGUACUGCAAUUAUCGGAUCGUAGUCUGGUUUCCGCUACCACUAUGACUCUUUUUCUUUAUUCUUUUUUAUUUAUAGUCAUAAUUCACCUUCUAUCUACUCAUAACUCCAAUAGUAAAGUGAGAUAUGAAUUAAUGGUUUGCCAUGCGAAAUUAUGUACUUAUUUUUUUUUUUAAUUCGAUCAAUCCAUACAAACUAACAGAACCCAUCAUCAGGUACAAAGUCAGAUAGAAAUUAAAAUGAACUUCUGCAUUCAAUGUGUAUGCUGAGCUGAGAAACUGAAGAUGAGCGACUAAAGCUCAUUGCUCUCGUGAUACGUAACUCGGACUAAACGACGACGUCGCGACGCUCUAACGCCUCCACGAUUAAAGAGGCGUCUUGCCACUCGCGUAUCUCGGAAAUCGUGGAUUAAAGCGUCGCGGAACCAAUUAUUUGUCGGUAGGCAGACUUCUUCUUGUAUCGCUACGUGGGAUUUUCUUAUUUCUUGAAAAAUCACAAUAUUUAGGAUAGAAUGGGAUAGAGAUAGGCUGAAGACAGGUUUAGGUUUAGCAAUGGCUACCAAAUGCGCACGUGGGUUAGCAUCGUUGAACGUUCUGCACAAGAGGCUUAAAGAGCGUCGGCGUCGUGAUUGUCGUCGUGGUCGUGGAUCGACGUCGGGGCGCCGGCGUCUCCGACUGGCUUCGUAAAUACACGUAAAUUCCCCAAGUUACUUAGUGGAUCCGGUCGCAUCAAACGUUUCGCCGUUUAUUUUAUAAGUUCGCUAAGGCAGACGCCUCACCACGUCACUUUACAUUUGAUGUUUUUUGCUUCGAAUAAAACCAGGCGCCGUCUCUAUUGCUAUACCUUUAUUUACUUGCAGGAUCUGCUGCUCGGAGUAGCCCUGUUUUGUAAGAACAUUUUAAACCGAUAUUCGUAGGUGGGUUUAGUGAUCUUUUGGCAGAUUCAGAAGGUACACGUUAUUUUUAUCUCUUACUUGACUUUUAAAUUUCGCAGAAACCUGACCCCGUCGGGGUUCAUCGUGGCUGCGUCCAGGAUCCUAACAAUUCUGGCGAAUUCGCGUCCCACAAGAUCAUCUUAAACGUCUCAGUUGUAACCGGAUCGUAACACAGUUUGAAGAUCUUCGUGGGAAAUUGUUAAAAAUCAUAAAGAGUAGUACAAAUAGUAGUAGUAGUAAAAGUAGUAGAACACACCCACUGGCAUCGGGUGGUAUACCUGUAUUACCUGUCAAUAAUAUUGUGCACUUAUAUAUUUCCCAAUUCAUCCACGGAAAAGUUUGGUACAAUAAAAUCUAAGCAGAGUGCUCGUAUCAUGUCUCUCGAGAGAAA